AAAAUGAAGUCAACAUACAUUAUUAUUGGUUAAUUAUAAUAAUCUCCACAUGCACCACAUUACAAUAAUACUUCUCUGACCUGCUACCACUUCCAUACUGUGUUUGUGAGAGAAUUCUGAGUUUGGAGUGCAAACAGAAACCACUUCCCUUUCUUACUUUCUUGAUCUUGUGAGCAUGGCUGCAUCACUUGUUGGAGGAGCUUUCCUCUCUUCUUUUCUCAGUGUUCUUUUCGACAGGCUGUCUGAUCCUGAGAUCAUCAACAUGAUGCGAGGAAAGAAGGUUGACCAAAAGCUGCUUCAAAGGCUGAAGACCAUUCUGAAUGUGGUUGAAGCUGUGCUGAAUGAUGCUGAGAAGAAACAGAUCACUGACCCUGCUGUCAAGAGGUGGCUCGAAGAUCUCCAAGAUGCUGUCUAUGAUGCUGAUGACUUGUUGGAUGAAGUCGCCACCAAAGCUGCCACUCAAAAGGAUCCACCAGGUAACUUCCUGUCUCGCUUUCUCAAUUUGCAAGAUAGGGAGAUGGUUACUAGGAUUGAAGAAAUCAUUGCUAGACUAGAAGAUAUUGCAAAACACAAAGAUAUCCUUCAUCUAGAAAAGAUUGCAGCCAAGAACAUGUCUGGGAGGAUUCCAUCAACCUCACUGGUUAAAAAAUCUGAUAUAUUUGUUGGAAGGGACAAAGAAAGGGAUGCCAUAGUGAAUUUGCUUUUAGAUGAUGCUUACAAUGGUGAACUGUCCGUGAUUCCCAUCGUGGGCAUGGGUGGAAUAGGAAAAACUACUUUGGCUAAAUUGGUUUAUAAUGAUGACAAAGUGCAGCAGAAGUUUAAUGUGAAGGCAUGGGUUUGUGUUGGUGAGGAGGAAUUUGAUGUUCUUAAGGUCACAAAGGCUGUGAUAGAGAAAACUUGCAGUCCUUGUUACUCAAAUGAUUUAGAUACAGCUCAAAAUCAUUUGAAGAAUGGGCUAGCGGGGAAGAACUUCUUGGUUGUUCUGGAUGAUGUAUGGAGCAGUAAUCGUGAGCGUUGGGAAAAUUUUCUAACUCCUUUUGAAUGUGGAAGUCAGGUCUGCAAGAUUCUUGUAACAACACGUCUUGAUACAGUUGCUUCUGUGGUGAAAACUAGACUUAAUGAAGCUCACAAUAUGAGUUUGUUGGAUGAAGAACAAUGCUGGUCAGUGUUUGCAAAUCGAGCAUGGGAUCCUGCAGAAUCCCGAGAUCAUUCAGCUUUAGAAGAAAUUGGUAGAAAAAUUGUUAAAAAAUGUAAAGGAUUACCUUUGGCAGCUCAAACAGUUGGAGGGUUAUUGAGAGGGAAAGAUAAUGAAAAGGAUUGGAAUGAUGUUUUGAAUAGUGAAUUCUGGGAACUCUCUGAGGAGGAUAGUGGGAUUCUUCCUGCAUUGAGAAUCAGUUAUUACCACCUCCCAUCCUAUUUAAAACGCUGCUUUGUUUAUUGUUGUUUGUAUCCGAAGGACUUUGAAUUUGAUAGAGAUGAAUUGACAUUAUUGUGGAUGGCAGAAGGUCUUUUGUUACAACCAAAGAGUGGAAACACUUUAGAAGAAAUUGGUUAUGAAUAUUUUGAUGAUUUGGUUUCGAGAUCAUUUUUUCAACAUUCUAACACUUAUGUGAAUUCAUUUGUGAUGCACGAUCUCAUGCAUGAUUUAGCAAAGUUCUAUGGUGGAAAGUUCUUUUCUAGUAUCCUUGAACUCAAGAAUGCAGCAAAGCAUGAUACCAAAACUCGCCACUUGUCAUGUGCUCGCCGCAGGAAUGAUGAUGAUUUGCUUAUGAAGAUCACGGAAGCAUGCGAUAGGUUAAAACAUGCUAGGACAUUGUUGCAAAUUUAUAAUGAAUAUGGUGUAUUCUCAGUGGGAGAUAGAGUAGCCGUUUCUUGUGACUUACUAGAACGAUUAAAGUGUUUACGAGUUUUGUCAUUUAAUUUUUUUUCAGAUGAUGAAAACUUGAUGCAUGGUUCUAUUGCCAAAUUGAUCCAUUUGCGUUAUUUGGAUCUUUCAUACACAUCCAUCGUGACUUUGCCCGAGUCUUUAAGUUGCUUGUACAAUUUACAAACCUUGAAGUUGAGAAACUGUAGAAAACUUAAAAAGCUUCCUAGCAAGAUGCAAAAUCUUGUGAAUUUGCGUCAUCUUGAUGUUUUUGAAACUGGUUUGGAAGAGAUGCCAAAAAAGAUGAGCGAAUUAAAAGAUUUGCAAAUUUUAAGUUGCUAUAUUGCGGGCAAACAUGAAGAGAAUGGGAUUGGAGAAUUGGGAGAGCUAGCAAAUCUUCAUGGAUCAUUAUGGAUUCAGAAAUUAGAGAAUGUUAAGAAUAGUGGUGAAGCAUCGAGUGCAAGAAUGGAUGAAAAAAUACACCUGAAUGCUUUAGAUUUGAGUUGGACAUCAUUUGAAGAAAGUGAGGUUCGUGAUUCCCAAACUGAAAAAGAUAUACUUGAGAAAUUACGUCCUCACAAAGACUUGAAGGAGCUAUCCAUCGGGGGUUACAGAGGUACCAUGUUUCCGGAUUGGGUAGGGCAGUCUUCGUACCACAACAUGACUUCGUUGGAGCUGAGUGGAUGCAGGAAUUGUUGGGUGCUUCCUUCACUUGGACAGUUACCCGGUCUAACGAGAUUGCUGAUUUCAGGUUGUGAUAAGCUGAAGAUGAUUGGUGGGUCAUUCUACAAGGGUGAUGGAACUCAUCAGCAUCAGGAGACACCCUUCCGGUCCCUUAGAUCUCUGGACUUUCGUCAUAUGCGUUGCUUGGAGGAAUGGGAGUCAUAUGAAUGUGAUGAUGAUGAUGAUGCACCAUUUCCGAAACUUGAGACGCUUAUUAUAGAGAACUGCCCUAAGUUAAGAGGAGAUUUGCCCACUUUCCUUCCGUCUUUGAAAGAACUUGUUAUAUCAGGAUGUGAGGAGCUUGGUUGUUAUCUGCCAAGAGCUCCCAUUCUACUCAGAAUAAACAUAUUUGGCAAACAGAAAGCAAGAAUGCGGGACCUACCACUUUCACUGCAACAUCUAAGUAUCCAAGGAAAGCAGCUUGUGGAUUUUCUGUUUGAGGCCCUGACCCACACCCAACCAACCUCUCUCAGAUAUUUAAGAAUCUCAAAGUGCUCGUCAGCCGUAUCAUUUCCAGGGGAUUCUUUGCCCCCUUCAUUGAAACAGUUGCGGAUCAAUAACUGCAAGAAUGUAGAAUUUCCAAUGCAACAGCAACAACAUGAGUCACUAAUGAGUCUUGAAAUAGACAACAGCUGUGAUUCACUUACAUCCUUCCCAUUGUCAGCGUUCCCAAAUCUCAAGUCCCUCAUAAUUGCAAGACGAGAAAAUUUGACAUCUCUAGAGGAGCUGUCACAAUCACAGUCCCUUCGAGAAUUACGGGUUGAAGAAUGCCCUAAGCUGGAGAACAUAAUAAGGCUGCCUGCCUGUUUAAGGGAACUCGACAUCAGCAAAUGUCCGUUGUUGGGUGAAGGCAUAGAGAGGAAGGACCCUCACAUUUGGCCAUCCAUUUCCCACAUCCCCGGUAUUUAUGUUGAUGGGAAACAGAUUCACAAUGACUCAACAUCUUAAAACAGGUCAAAGAAUACCAAGCAAUGCAUCAUUACAAGAUGUGUCAAGGGUGAAAUACUUGUAUGCAUGUAUAGGUGCCACACUUGAUACCUUCAGCUAUGAAAUUUUUGUUGAUACUUGAGACACAUAGUAUAUACUUCUUGCGUUUCCUAAUUUUCUCUUUCAUAAUAUAAACUAGAAUGUGACCCGCGCAAUGCGCAGGACGGUAAAUUAAUAAUAAUAUAUAAUAAAUAUUAAAAAUUAUUAUGUUUUGUAGAAUUAAAUGAAAUAUGUAUAAACUAAAAAUAAAUUUAAAUGGUAUUUUAUUUAAAAGAAAUGGUAGUACAAAGUAUUUGGA